GCUCUUCUGCCACGCAUCUCCCACUGCCUGAUGAAUGGGAAGCAACUGUGAAUGAUUAACCAAAUACCAUUUUUAAAUCUUUACAACAAACAGUUAACAACCAAGAGGCUGUAGAUUAUUGAUAGAUCGCAGCAUAGAAGCAUCACCGUAUGUUAGCUUUUCAUUGACGUUGCAUCCCAACCCUGGGAAAGGAGCAGCUGUACCGCUUUGCUUUAGAAUUCAAUCAGCCUUCUCGUCGUACCUCUACAUCUCCAGCCGAUGGGUGAUGAGGGAGGUUUGGCUUGCGGGGUCCACCAUGCGCUUGGGGGGCAUUCCAUCUGGCAGCAUCAUGAUCAGCAGGAAGAGAGAAUCUACAUGGACUACAAUGCCACCACCCCGCUGGAGUCAGAGGUCAUACUUGCCAUCACUGAGGCCCUGCAUGACGCCUGGGGGAACCCUAGCAGCAGCUACCGCACUGGCAGGAAAGCCAAAACCAUUAUCAACCAGUCCAGAGAGAAUGUUGGCAGAAUGGUUGGAGGCCAAGCAGAAGACAUCAUCUUCACAUCUGGUGGAACCGAGGCAAAUAACCUGGUGUUCCACACGGCAGUCAAGCACUUCUGGGAGAGCUGGGAAGCAGCAGAGAGGAAGGGGCAGGAGAAGAGCCAUCUGAAUGGAAAGGCCAUUCUGCCUCAUAUCAUCACCUCCAAUGUGGAGCAUGACUCGGUCAGACUGACUGCUGACAGCCUAAUGAAAGAGGGGAAGGCAGAUGUCACCUUUGUGCCCGUUUCCAAGGUCACGGCCCGAGUGGAGGUGGAGGACGUGAUGGCCGCCGUGCGCCCCACUACCUGUCUCAUCUCAGUCAUGUUGGCCAAUAAUGAGACAGGGGUCUUGAUGCCAGUUAGAGAGAUUUGUGAGAGGGCGAGAUGCCUCAACAAACAGCGGCCUGCUCCCAGAAUCCUUCUGCACACCGAUGCUGCCCAGGCCAUCGGCAAGGUGCGAGUGGAUGUGCAGGAACUGGGCGUAGAUUAUCUCACCAUCGUUGGACACAAGUUUUAUGGCCCACGGAUUGGUGCACUGUAUGUGAAUGGGCCUGGAACCAUCACCCCUGUAUUUCCCAUGUUCUUUGGAGGGGGGCAGGAGAGGAACUUCAGACCAGGGACAGAGAACACACCAAUGAUUGCUGGUCUUGGGAAGGCAGCGGAGCUGGUGAGCUCGCACCUGCCUCAGCAUGAGAGCCACCUGCGGGACAUCAGGCUGUACCUGGAGCAGCGCUUGCAGGAUGUCUUUGGGAUGGAGAAGAUCCGUUUUAAUAGCCAUUUUCCUGGCUUGGAGUCCCUCCCAAACACCUGUAAUGUGUCAAUACUCGGCCCGGGACUGCAAGGACAAAGAGUGCUGUCCAGCUGCAGGAGGCUGCUGGCCAGUGUGGGAGCGGCAUGCCACUCAAACAGAGGAGACAGGCCCUCCCACAUCCUUCUGAGUUCUGGCAUCCCAGCGGAGGUGGCAGCCAACGCGCUGCGCCUGAGCGUGGGCCGCAGGACCACCCGUGGAGACGUGGACCUGGUGGUGGAGGACCUCUGGGAGACUGUGCGGUGCUUGGAGGGGCAGGACUAAGGCCUGGCCAAAGGAGCCCCGCCCACACAUGGAGCUGGGUGCUCCAUGAGUAAUAUAUUAUUCUUAUGUAAGGGUUUAGAUGCUAUUAGAUAAAAUAUGCAGAAAAGCACUGUUCGCUAAGAUCAGUGACAAAGCCCCAGUCCAUUUUCUAGAAGAGAUGCAUAUUGAAGGUCAAUGCACUUAUCUUUGCUUGGGUGGAUUUUGUGUGUAUAUAAAGGAUUUUAAUGGAUUUUAGCUUGUAUGUGAUCUAAUUAUGUGAUUAUUUUUGUGAAAAAAGGAGGCUUAAAUUGCAAUAUUUUGUGUGCACUAAAUGCUGUUGCAAGAAGUGUUAGCAGUGUCAAAGGUUCACUGUUCACUGUAUCACUGUUCAAAAUACUGUAUGUGAAAUGACAAAUAUGUUAGUUGCAG